UCAUGUUCUGCUGAUGAGAGAUAUUUCUGGCAUUCAAAGUUUGUGUUGUGUGGUUGCUUUUAUAUCUCAUUCAAGAGCAUGCUAUCCUUUAUCUGAGCUUCCCUCUUUGAACCAUCUCUAGCUACUACUACUGCCUCCAAGAAUGGCUGCAACAGCAGCUACAAGUACUUCACUUCUCAAUUCUUCAAAGCAAAUUCCAGCUGCCUCUGGUAGAAUUCCAGCUGCUACUUCUCUGGGUGCACCCUUGAGGACCCAAUGUUAUCCAAUUAAGAAAAGAUUAACUAAGAUCAACAGAAAAGUCAUUGCUGCUGCUUCGGUUGCAGCAGCUCCUGUCGAGGAAAUUAAAGAAUAUGUGCUUCCUACAUGGGCUGAAUUCGACCUUGGAAGAGCACCCCUCUAUUGGAAAACCAUGAACGGCCUCCCUCCUACCGCUGGAGAGAGAUUAAAGCUAUUCUACAAUCCAGCUGCAACCAAACUCGCACCAAAUGAAGAAUUUGGAAUUGCCUUUAACGGAGGUUUCAACCAGCCCAUCAUGUGCGGUGGUGAGCCAAGAGCGAUGCUCCAGAAAGUUAGAGGAAAAGCCGAUCCUCCUAUCUACACCAUCCAAAUAUGCAUCCCAAAGCACGCAUUGAGUUUGAUAUUUUCAUUUACCAACGGAACCGAGUGGGAUGGUCCCUACAGACUGCAGUUUCAAGUGCCAAAGGCUUGGAGGAAUAGACCAAUUGAAUUUUUCACUGAGGGUCUUGCGGAGGAGUUGAGUAGAGAAGGUGCCUGCGAACAAGCAAUCUUUCCAGACACAAACGUUGUUAUCACAAGAUGUGCCAUGAUUGGCAACUUAACAUUGGAAGGAGGUGACCGUUGCAAUCUUGAUCUUGUACUCGGAUGUACAGAUCCAUCCUCGCCCAUGUUCAAUCCACUAGCCACCGUAGAUGAUGGCUCUUGCCCUCCUUACUCGGAUUCAGAGGAUUAGCAUCAGCACCGUCUCCUAGUCCACCUCGCAUAUAGAAUUUGCUCCGUCUUACACAGGGAGACUAAAUCUUGAUGCAUACUAAAAAGCUCUUGUACAGAAUACUUUGGAAUCAUUUCACUUUCUAUUCAUCAGACACUAGUCUGAUUCAAUACACAUGUUCUUGGACCAUUUGAUGCAAAAAUCUGAUCACCAAUGUUUUCAUAUACCUUAAA